CGUCGAGUGUAGACCAGUCAGGUGGACUGAAGAGAGCAAGGCCAUAGAAGGUGACGCAGUACCUCAAGGCGAAGUACCAAGUAGCUUUGAAGACAUGGCUUACCGAGACAGCGAUCGUGAUCGGCGUGAUUACCGCCUGGAUGGACAGCGUGAAGACAGGAGGGAAGGGAAUCGCGGCGGAGGACGAGACUACUACCAAGAUGAUCGACGAGACACGUCACGAGAGCGAGGUGAGAGUUCGGGUGAAUACCGUCGACGAGCGCCACCCACAUGUUUUGAAUGUGGGCAGGUCGGACACUAUCGUAAUCAGUGCUGGAAAUUGUCGGGCGAAGGGAACCUACGACCUGGCGAAGGCGGAGGAGGACAACAGGGCGUUUCACGCGAAACCUCCCCUAAACGAGAGCAAAUAAAGAAGCAGAUCGAAAAAUUGGGCGUGUUAUUGGCAUCCAUGCAAGGGCAUUUUGAGGAAGAAAAGCAGAAGAAGAUCGAGAAGGAGAAACGUAAGCAAGAAAAAUUGGAAAGACAACAGCGCGCUGCCGGAGAACGGGAAGCGCAAGAGAAGAAGUUCGCGCGUAAGAACGAAAAACUGCGAAAGGCCGAGGAACUGAAGAUGCUGAUGCGGAAGGAAAUGAGGAUGGAAGCAACUUUGGUUGCGAGCGAGUUACGCGAACAGAUAGCGGGUGGUUUGAGGCAACAACUGACGGACGAAAUGCUGAAGGCGUUGGCGGCAUCAUCGAUCGAUCGGAAAGGGAAGAAAAAAGUUGCCUCGCCAUCUCCAUCGCACUCAACAUCCGCAAGCAGUGGAAGCACGAGCAACGAAAAAUCGACGAACCGAAGUACUGGGAAGUUGACGAAAACAGAGAAGCAAAAACGGAGUGCGGAGAAAGCGGUGGGGGGUAGCCCGCCGAUGAUGCUAUCAGCAGAAAGAACACCAAGGACGAAGGGAGUGAAGCCCGUGCGACUGGCGGCAAAUUUACAACAUACCACACACAAGACGAAGGGAAUAAAGACUCCUCCACGUUUUACCCCACGACGGGGUACUCCACGAACGAAGAUCGCAGCUGCGACGGAAGCGGCGAGAAGAGCACAAUUCAUCUGCGACAAUAUUCGUGCUUUAGCAGAUUUGGGCGCGGACGAACUCAAAGACAUAUGUAGGAAGGAGGAUGUCGAGUACGAGAAGAAAACUAUCGCAGCCAUGAACAUCGCUAAGAAGCAAGCAAUAGUUGCAUACGGGAGCGAAGAGGAUGAGACAAGGAGUAGUGAUGAUGAGACCGAGGGGAUCGAGCAGGAAGUUGCCGAAGAGCCUGAAGACGAAGGGGCAGAAGCAUGAACCUUCGAGGACACUCAUCGUUUGUGGAGCUUAUCUGUUUUGUUGAUUGAAUAUCGUCGUGAGCAGAAAUUCGUA